AUGGAGUGCAGCUGCGUGCCCGAGCUGCUGCUGCCAGCGCCGCUGCCCGCGCUCUGGAGCCCAGCCCGUCCCUUAGGGCUGGCGUUCCCCGAGUGGGCGUACAAGGCGGAGUCGAGCCCCGGCUCGCGGCAGAUCCAGCUGUGGCACUUCAUCCUGGAGCUGCUGCGGCAGGAGCAGUACCGCGAGGUCAUCGCCUGGCAGGGCGACUACGGCGAGUUCGUCAUCAAGGACCCCGACGAGGUGGCGCGGCUCUGGGGCGUGCGCAAGUGCAAGCCCCACAUGAACUACGACAAGCUCAGCCGCGCCCUCAG